AGUCCGACCCCCUGCAAUGCAGGGAUCUCAGCUAAAACAAAAUGAAAUAUUUCUGACACAGUUUGGAGUACGUUAUUAUUUGGAAUAAAAUAAUCUUGGAAAAGGAUAUUCAUAACCAGAAGAAUGCCAAGAAGCGCAAGUAAUUCUGUUGCAGGAAGGGAACACAGUAUGAAUGGAGGCCCGGGAAUAAGAGAACCAAUCAGAAGAGACCCGAGAGGCGGCGGCGAACCAAUCAGGGGAGCCGGAAGCUGGAAGCCCAUUGAAGCCGUUGCGUCUUGGUCAUUCAUCUUCUUCCGCCCCGGCUGCUGCUGCUCCUCUCCAGGGGAGAGACAGGCUUCGCCUCCAGUCUGCAUCUUCCCUGGAUCCUGCCCUCCGAGGAAACCACCUGAGGCUGCCCAAUGAAUCUGGUUACCAUCCAGGCCCUCUUGACCUUUGAGGAGGUGGCUGUGUUUUUCAUGGAGGAGGAGUGGGCUUUGCUGGAUCGUGGCCAAAGAGCUCUGCACAAGGAAGUCAUGGAGGAGAAUUAUGAGAUGGUGGCCUCUCUAGAAUCAGACCUCAGUUCCUGUUGGGAAGAAGAACAAGAUCCAUUCCUCCAGGACCCCAAAGAAGGGGAGACCUCAGCAGGUAAUGGGCAGAAGAGUAAGAAUUAUGGUGAGCCAUCUGUGGUGUCUGUAGAAAAAGUGGGGCAUGAAGCACAGAAAGAGACCUUUGUAAAUCAACGAUCACCUGAAAAGCAUGUAGGAAAUGUGUUGAAGAACUGGAAAACCAAAUCCCUUACUACUCAGGACACUGGUGUCCGUGUAUCCCUGAAUCCACAGGAAGAAUGCACAGGAGGUAGCAGUGUGGAGUGUGGAAAGAGCUUCAGUCAGAGUGGAAGCAUUAGUUUACAUCAAGGAACCCAAACAGGGGAGAAAGCGUUUCAAUGCACAGAAUGUGGAAAGAGCCUCAGUAGUGCUGGUAACCUUGUCAAGCAUACAAAAACCCACAGAGGGGAGAAACCAUUCAAAUGCAUGGACUGUGGAAAGAGCUUCAGCCAGAGUGGAAACCUUAUUGCACAUCAAAGAACCCACACAGGGGAGAAACCAUAUGAAUGUAUGAUAUGCAGGAAGAGUUUCAGUCUCAAUCACCAUCUUACUUUACAUCAAAGAAGCCACACCGGAGAAAAACCAUUUAAAUGUAUGGAGUGUGGAAAGAGCUUCAGCCAGAGCGGAAACCUUAUUGCACAUCAAAAAACCCACACAGGGGAGAAACCAUUAAAAACUAUGGAGUGUGGAAAGAGUUUCAAUCUCAAUACCCAUCUUACUUUACAUCAGAGAAACUGCACAGGGGUGAAACUGCAUAAAUGCAUGGAGUGUGGAAAGAGCUUCACUUGUAGGAGCGCACUUACAGAACAUCUACGAAUCCACACAGGAGAGAAACCAUAUGAAUGCAUAGAUUGUGGAAAGCGCUUCCGUAUUGGGAGUGUCCUUACUUUACAUCAAAAAACCCAUGCUGGGAAUAAGCCAUUUAAUUGUAUGGAGUGUGGAAAGAGCUUCAACCAGAGCGGAACCCUUACUGCACAUCAAAGAAUUCACACUGGGGAGAAACCAUUUAAAUGUAUGGAGUGUGGAAAGAGCUUCAGUCAGAGCGGAAGCCUUACUGCACAUCAAAGAAUUCAUACUGGGGAUAAACCAUUUAAAUGUAUGGAGUGUGGAAAGAACUUCAGUCAGAGUGGAAACCUUACUUUACAUCAAAGAACUCACACCAGGGAGAAACCAUUUAAAUGUAUGGAAUGUGGAAAGAGUUUCAGUCUCAAUCACCACCUUACUUUACAUCGAAGAACCCACUGCACAUCAAAGAACACUUACCGGCAAAGUGAACAUGAGAAGUAACUGGCCGACUUAUAGAGAGCUGCUAACUGAAGUAGAAAAUCAGUUAAAAUUAAAAUAUUUUGAAGAGAUAA